CGCUUGGGUAUCUCCCCAGACUCCAGUCGGUCGCCUCCCAGUCGUGGAGAGCCUAGAGAUAACCAGUCCAAGGCAUUAUUCGAUUGAUUCACGCACCUCCACGCCACCGAUAGUCUCCUAUCAUCCUUUGCACCCGAUCGCUGAGAUCACACGAAUUUCCUUCGGAAGCCGGUAAUGAAGCUAUUAUCUAUAUAGACAUCAAAUGUUUCGAACAAUUCUGGGGUGAUCUCAAGCUAGAAUCCCCAGAUCCAUUCCACGAGUUGAGAGCUCGUCUAGACCACAAUCCGAUUCGGCAAUUCUAUAUACCGUUCAAUUUACUGUCCCCCGUCUCCACCUACCUUUGUAUCCAUCUCCAAGUAUCACUCAGCAUGGACGGACCUGAUCAGAUCGGUCCCGACUUGCAACCUAAACGGUCCUGGCGGGAGAAGACCCGGCGCAUGGUCAAGACAUUCACUACCAGAGAGGGACUGGUCGGUGACUACGAUUAUGCAUACCUUUUCACCCCCAACCUUCCUUUCAUCAACAGGGGCCGCAAGUCCGCUCCCUUCUUCGGGCUGGAGGACAAAGUCCCCGUUCUUUUGGCCCUCCUCUUGGGUUUACAACAUGCGCUGGCAAUGCUGGGUGGAGUCAUCUCGCCUCCUAUCCUGAUCGGUGGCACGAGUGGUGCCAACUUCGGCACGAAGGACUACGAAUACCUGGUUUCAACUUCCCUUAUCGUCUCCGGCCUAUUGUCUGCAGUACAGAUGGCCCGAUUCCACGUCUACAAAACUCGCUUCUAUGUCGGAACGGGGUUGAUCUCGGUUGUUGGUACCUCGUUCGCUACCAUCACCGUAUCGUCCGGAACGUUCAACCAAAUGUACACGUCGGGAUACUGCCCGGUGGAUAGCGAUGGGAACCGCCUGCCUUGUCCGAAGGGCUAUGGGGCUCUGCUGGGCACGUCGUGUCUGUGUUCCUUGCUCGAAAUUGGUUUGUCGUUCAUGAGCCCUCGGAUUCUGAAACGCAUUUUCCCGCCAUUGGUGACCGGCCCCACGAUUUUGUUGAUUGGAGCCAGUCUGAUUCAGUCGAGUAUGGAGGACUGGGCUGGUGGCUCGGGAACCUGUUUUACGGAUGCAGCCAGCCGUGCACUGUGCCCUAGUGCCGACUCGCCACAUGCUCUCCCCUGGGGCAGCCCCGAGUUCAUUGGACUUGGCUUUUCGGUCUUUGUGACGAUUAUACUGUGCGAACGAUUUGGCGCUCCAAUGAUGAAGUCCUGCGCUGUGAUCAUCGGCCUGCUCGUUGGAUGCAUCAUUGCUGCCGCUUGCGGAUACUUCGACCGGUCGAGCAUCGAUGCUGCCCCGGUGGCCUCGUUCAUCUGGGUCCGCACCUUCCCUCUGACCAUCUACGCACCUCUGAUCCUACCCCUGCUGGCCGUGUACAUCGUGGUCAUGAUGGAGUCGAUCGGCGAUAUCACCGCCACCUGUGAUGUAUCACAGGUAGAGGUGGAGGGUCCGGAGUUUGACUCUCGCGUCCAGGGUGGUGUUCUGGGUAACGGAUUCACCUGUCUGCUGGCCGGACUGUGCACGAUCACCCCCAUGUCUGUGUUUGCUCAGAACAACGGUGUCAUCGCUUUGACCAAGUGCGCCAACCGCAAGGCUGGCUACUGCUGCUGUUUCUUUUUGGUCAUCAUGGGCAUCUUUGCAAAGUUCGCCGCUGCCCUCACCUCCAUCCCCAGCGCGGUGCUUGGUGGGAUGACCACGUUCCUCUUCUCCUCCGUGGCCAUUUCUGGGGUCCGCAUUAUUGCGACUGUGCCGUUCACGCGGCGCAACCGCUUUGUCCUGACGGCCUCCUUCUCCAUUGGCAUGGGUGUCACCUUGGUGCCUACCUGGUUCUCCUACUUCUUCACCUACAGCGGCAACAACCGCGGCCUGACGGGUCUGCUGGAUGCGAUUGACUUGGUGAUGAACAACGGGUUCGCCAUCACCGCCAUUCUGGGGGUGAUUUUGAACCUGAUCAUUCCCGAAGAGGCGGAUGAGGGGGCGGCUGUUGUCGAGGCUCGAGCAGAACCUCGGGCGGUUGAACAGCCGGACGACCCUGAAAAUGCUCAAUACACGAAGGGGGAGCACCCGUCUGGAGUUUCAGCUGUAUAACUUUGUAUUUGCUUUGUUUUCUUUAGUUUGACUACGACCCUUGCGAGGGCAGAUUGAUGGAUUGGGAUACCCUGGAAAGCGAUAGUUUGGAUUAUACGGGAUUAAAUUGAUGCAAUGAUGAUAUAAAUAUUCUAUAUAGCCUUUCGCCACCGUAAUGUUGCACAGAAAUUGAUCAG